AGCAGCCAGCAGCAGCAACGAAGCAGACCAAGCAGACCACGGGGAACGCACGCACGCACGCACGCGGAAUAGCGAUCGUACGCGUGUGUACGCGGGGGGUGUGUGUGUGUGUGUAUACGCGAAGACGUGUGCUGGAAGAAAAUAACUAUUUUUUUAAGACCCGUCCCGAGCCCGGUAACCCCCGGCGGAUCAUCGGAUCGUGUCCGGAACGCGCGGCGGUCCGUUGCGGCGUGUGCGACUCCUCGUGUCCCAGUCUCCCUCUCUCUCUCCGUGUCUCCUCUCUCUCUCUCUCUCUUGCGCGCGCGUUCGCUCGCUCGCUCGCUCUCCCACCCCCUUCGUCGCGAGAAUCGUAUUAUCCGUUUAGCCUAGCGGGCCGGCUGUGUGCGCGCUGAAACAACUGAUUAAUAUGGCGAACAGCAUAGCACCAGACUCGUGGGAGCAGCAGGCGGACACGAACGGCGACAUCGUCGGCCCGCCUACGUCGCAGGACAAGUCCAUCGAGAGCAAGUUCUCCACCCUGAAUGUCAACGCCGCGGAAUUCGUGCCUUCCUUCUGCAUCAGCUCGUCGCCACAGAGCAACGUCGCCGCGGCCACGACGGCCGACAGCAGCCCCUGCGAUGUCGCCGCGGCCGCGGCCGCGGCGGCAGCGGCCGCCACCGCCGCCGCGUCUCUCCGCGGGACCGCGUGGCGGUGGACGUGUCUCGCGCGUCGCCCCGCGCACCUCGGGGCCCGCGGAGUGUCCUCCACCGCGUUCGGACGUCGCCGUCUCUCGGGAAAUUCCACUCCCGUUGUUCUGUCAGACCCAAUUGGCAGUCGAGUUGAGGAACCUCCUGCUGGGGGAGGGGCUCCACCGCCGAACGUCAAUGACCAACUAAAUACCAGUCCAGAGCACCAACCUGCAGAUUCCUGGGAAGAAGCGGCGGUUGAUGGGGAUCCUCUACUUACUCCGGAAAACGAGGAAGCCGACAAUGACGAGGACGAGGAACUGGUUGUUAAAGUACCCAAAAAGAAACCUGUCAAAGUAGCAGAGGACACUAAAAGCAAAAAGGAACACGUUAAUGUUGUUUUCAUAGGGCAUGUGGACGCUGGGAAAUCAACUAUCGGCGGCCAGAUCAUGGCACUCACGGGAAUGGUUGACAAACGUACCUUAGAGAAAUACGAGCGGGAGGCAAAAGAGAGAAGUCGAGAAACAUGGUACUUAAGUUGGGCGCUGGACACAAAUCAAGAAGAGAGGGAAAAGGGGAAAACUGUGGAAGUAGGCAGGGCCUACUUCGAGACAGAACGAAAGCACUUUACAAUAUUAGACGCACCCGGCCAUAAAAGCUUCGUACCGAAUAUGAUUGGCGGCGCGGCGCAAGCCGACCUAGCGGUGCUCGUUAUCUCCGCGAGGAAAGGCGAAUUCGAGACGGGCUUUGACAGAGGGGGUCAAACGAGAGAGCACGCUAUGCUCGCUAAAACCGCGGGUGUCAAGCAUUUGGUUGUAUUAGUGAAUAAGAUGGACGAUCCUACUGUCGAGUGGGACGAAGGCCGAUACAAUGAAUGCAGGGAUAAGAUACUGCCAUACCUUCGUAAAUUAGGAUUCAAUCCUGCGAAAGAUCUUACGUUCAUGCCGGUUUCUGGUCAGCUCGGUAUCGGAUUAAAGGAUCCGAUCCCCGAACAUCUCUGUAAUUGGUACAGCGGCCCACCAUUCAUACCUUUUAUCGAUUCGCUACCCUCGCUCAAUCGUAAGAGCAAUGGACCUUUUAUCAUGCCGAUCGUCGACAAAUACAAAGACAUGGGGACAGUAGUUAUGGGCAAGGUCGAAGCGGGAGAGGCCAAAAAAGGACAGUCGUUGCUCGUUAUGCCAAAUAGGACGGCAGUAACGGUGGACCAGCUGUGGUCGGACGACGAAGAGGUGACGUCUGUUGGGCCUGGGGAAAAUGUCAAGAUCAAGCUGAAAGGCAUCGAAGAGGAAGAUGUCAGUCCCGGAUUUGUCCUGUGCGACAGCAACAAUCCUAUUAAGACCGGCAAGGUCUUCGACGCGCAGGUGGUGAUUCUGGAACACAAGAGUAUCAUUUGCGCGGGAUACAGCGCGGUCAUGCACAUCCAUUGCGCGGCGGAGGAAGUCACGGUGAAGGCGCUGAUCUGUCUGGUGGACAAGAAGACGGGCGAUAAAAGUAAGACGAGGCCAAGGUUCGUGAAACAGGACCAGGUGGCUAUAAUGAGAAUCGAGUGCGCGGGAGUUAUAUGUCUCGAAAGAUUCAAGUUGUUCCAACAAAUGGGCCGCUUCACUCUUAGGGAUGAAAAUAAAACUAUCGCAAUUGGCAAGGUGCUGAAAGUCGUCGAGUAAAGGAAAGAAAAACUUGCUUAAAUGUUACGAUAGAUUAAUAAUAAAAAAAAAAUUGAUCA